GUGACGCAAUGUAGUACGGAGAUCCUCUUGCGUUAAAUGCAGCCCAACGUACUAACUUUACCAAUUUUUCAAACACACAAACUAGUCAUUUUUAAGAUGUCUCAAACUUGUUUAAGAUUUUAGAGUGCAUCUACCUCCGGUUUGAUCAAUUUAAAAACAUAAACGUUGACGUGCUUACCAGUUUGAAAAAUACACCGAGUGCGAACUCUUCCCAUUUUGAGUCUCCUAUUUAUUUUGUCUUCCCUGCAUGGCCCUGAGCCCAGCCGUCUUGUGCUGCAGCCUUUCACGCAGGUUAAGAACAACUGAUCUUUGUUUUCAAUAUCUGAGGACACUCAGUUCAUUUUCAUAUCCAAAAGACUCUAGGAUGAGGAAGAAGCUGCUGGUGGAUGUGGACUGUGGCUUGGAUGACGCGCAGGCCAUCAUGUUAGCGUUGGCCGCCCCCAACGUGGACUUGCUGGGGGUGACCUGCGUGCACGGAAACACCACGUUGGAGAACGUGUGCAGAAACAUCCUGCGUGUUCUGCAAGCUUGCAAUAGGCUGGACAUCCCAGUGUUUAAAGGUGCUGCCAAGCCCCUCGUUGGCAACUCAAUUAAUUCGAGCCACUUCCAUGGGCUGGAUGGCCUCGGAGACGCCCCCGACCCAAAGGCUCCCAGUGUGGAUCUGGUGCAGGAGGAAAGUGCCGUGCUGGCUAUGAUCAGAAUCGUCAAUGAGAACCCAGGAGAGGUGUCGCUGGUCGCCACGGCGCCACUCACCAACCUGGCCCUGGCCGUGAGGUUGGAUCCAUCCUUGCCGAGCAAGCUGCGAGGGCUCUACAUCAUGGGAGGCAACACCGAAUCGCGAGGGAACACCUCAGUGUGCGGAGAGUUCAACUUCACAGCCGAUCCGGAAGCGGCGUACAUCGUGCUGAAUGACUACUGUUGUCCGACCUACUUGGCGUGCUGGGAGUUUACCUGCUACAGCAAACUGCCCUGGGAGUUCUGUGACACCUGGCUAGCACAGCCCACAGCCAAAGCUCGCUUCAUGGCGCGUAUCACGCGAAACAGCAUCAAGGCGUCGCUCAGCAAGGAGUGGGUGGGCGGCAGCGGCUUCAUCUCCUGUGACUCUUAUGCCAUGGCUGCCGCCGUGGAUGAAACGUUUGUCAUCGAGAGCGACUGCUACCCGGUCAGCGUGGAGCUGACGGGCAUGCACACGAGGGGUAUGAUGGUGGUGGAUACGCAGGGCAUCCUCAAAAAGACUCACAAGGCUCUCAUUAUGAAAAAGGUGGACUUGGAGAAGUUUAAGGAGAUGAUGAUGGCGGCAUUGAAAUAGUUUCUAAUGCUUGAAGGACAAAAGCGCAACGGCAACCUUUUCCAACAGAGCAUUCCGAAAGCGAGAUCGGAUCCUUAUUGUAUCAAGUUAACACAAUGCCGAUAAAAGCAAACACACCCCAGUUUAAGAAGCGAGACGAUACUGUACUACAAACACAGAUACCUCUCUUUGCUCCGAUAAAUGUGUACUGUCUUUUAAAAAAAACAACAACAAAAGCGCCAACGGUUACUAUUUAGCCCCAAGGACAACAUGGGUAGCCAUCGGGUCAAUUCUAAGGACCACAUGAAAAUUUCUACUGUACAGCGUGCCAGUGAUGGGACUUUGUAAUUUGCUUCGUUGAAAAUGUCAAAACCUGCAGAGAUGUAUAAAGUCCUGCAUUUUGAUAUUUGUGUUUUCCCUAGCUUGUUAAGUGAUUGUCAAUAAUUUCAGUGAGAAAUUAACAUGAUCAGUGCAUGAUGAAUGUAAUUAGCUAUUAAUAACAAUUAAAAGUAUAAGCACACAUCGUCAUUUUAUUUGAAUUUACUAGAAAGCCCUGUUUUAAAACUUCACA